CGCUGAAACAGGAAAUACCCGAACCAUACCCCUAUUCCUUCGCUUCUAUUCCGUCCACCGGAAUUUAUUAGGGUUUCUUCUUCAAAGAGACGCGACGAAAACCUCUGAACUCACCUCGCAAUCUGUCCUCCCCCGUCUGCUUUAAGCCUAUUACUCCGCCAUGGCACAAAUCGGUAUGCUCAAGCUUCGGCGAGGUUUAGACCCAGCUGCUCAAGAGUUCAGACCUGGAAACCUCGCCAAUCCGACGCCACUCCCGCCCGUUGUGUUCGGGCCGCCGCUCCGCCAUCUAUACUAUUCGUUCGGCGCUUCGUUUCCGCCCCAAGUGGACGCGUUUCGCAAUUCGGCGAUAACGUAUUCCCCUAAUUUUCCGGUUUACUUUAAUCCGGCGUUUGUCAAUAAUAAUCCUCUGGAGGAAAUAGCGGUGCCGCAGGUUCAGCAUCUGUCGUCGUAUCCGACUCGGUCGCUGUUACUGAGUGCAGUGCCGAGUGACGUCAGCGAGUCAGUGGUGCGAAGGGAUUUGGAAGGGUUUGGAGAUGUGAGAUGGGUUCAGACGGAGAGAAUUAGGGAUGGAAUCAUAACCGUCCAUUUUUACGAUCUGAGGCAUGCAGAAAGGGCCUUUCAAGAGAUGAGGGACCAACAUUUGAUGCGUCAGAAGCAACUUCGCGACCAACAUUCUUGGUCUUCGAAGAACAAUUUCGACACGCCGCCGCGGUUGGCUCGUGCCCUAAUCGGUGGCCAUGUUGUGUGGGCCGAAUUCAUUAUUCCGACGACUAACGCCGCGGUACCAGACUGGAACAACCAGGGCACCAUCGUUGUUUUCAAUUUGGAGUCGGAUGUCUCCGCCUCUACUCUCAAGGAAACCUUCGAACGUUUUGGUCCUGUGAAGGAAUUUAGGGAGGUGCCAUUGAAGAAGCAUCGAAGGUUCAUUGAGUUUUUUGAUGUUAGAGAUGCUGCGAAGGCUGUUAAAGAGAUGAACGGAAAGGAAAUUCAUGGCAUGCCAGUCGCCGUUGAGUUCAGCCGUCCCGGCGGACAUGAAAGGAAGUUCUUCAACCCCAUGAUUGCUAGACACCAUCGGCAGCCUCCUCUCCCUCGAACUUCGAAGCUAUCUUCUGGUCGUUUCAACGACCCACAUCGCCCAUUCUAUUCCCAAGCUCAAUUUUCCCCCAAGAAGCUGCACUCUGUGACUGGCCGGAGCUUUAACUACGCUGGGAAACUGGUGGACAAGUUGCAGCCAUUGAAUUGCAGUGGAAGUACAGGAAAUGGAAUUGUAAGAAGGGAUUCAAUCGGCACGUCGAGGAGGAUAAAUGUGGAGAAGAUUAUCAAUAGGCAAGCGCCACCCAACUCAAAACAAGAAGCAUCAUCUCUACCUAGGAUUAAUAUUAGGUUGAGAAGGAACAAGUUAUUGAAGAAAUCCGAUCCGUGUUUCUUAAUAAGCGAAAAUGGUAUGGAUAAAGAAACAUCCGAUUGCAUUGAUUGCAGAACCACUGUUAUGAUCAAGAACAUACCCAACAAGUACAGUCUGAAGUUAUUAUUGAAGACUCUGGACAAGCAUUGCAUGAAGUGCAACGAGGAGAUGACCAACGAUGGCAAAGACUUACCUUUGUCUUCCUACGAUUUCGUAUAUCUUCCCAUUGACUUCAGUAAUAAAUGUAACGUGGGAUAUGGGUUUGUGAAUAUGACCUCCCCACAAGGAGCUUGGAGACUAUUCAAAGCUUUCCAUCUUCAAGCUUGGCAAGUCUUCAACUCCAGAAAGAUCUGCCAAGUUACCUACGCUAGACUUCAGGGAUUAGAAGCACUGAAGGAGCAUUUUAGGAACUCAAAAUUUCCAAGGGAGAUGGAGCAGUACGAGUUGCCCGUGGUGUUUUCGCCCCCACGAGACGGCAUUCAUCUGACGGAGCCUCUUGCCGUCGCCGGCAACAUGCGUGUUGGCGGUGUUAACACAUCAGCAGCAGAUGGAGAUGGCGGUGAUGAAGGACGACCAUCUGACGCCGCCGCCACCGCCGCAGAUCAGUCAUCGGAGGUAGUGCUGUGUGGUGAGGGUGAUGAUGGAAAUGAAGAAGACAGCUAGAGAUCAGAAGAUGGCGCUAUGUCUCUGGCUUUCCACUACACGGUGGCACCUAACUGUACAAAAAUCUCAAAGACAAAGCAAAUGAUGUAGCGUUGGAGGUCGGGAGCCGUCCUUAUCUCGUCAUACAAGGCUCGCCUCAGGUCACCCACCCCUCUUAACCGAUUAUCCAUCACUUUCAACUCUCUCUCUCUCUCUCUCCCUCCCUCGUAUGGGGGUUUCUUGGUUUUAUGCUUUCUUUGUGGAUCGCCCAGGUGAGAGAGAGAUGAGAUGUGGGCUCUCUCUCUCUCUCUCUCUGUUGCAUAGGGAUUGAGGCGAGGGUUUGUUGAUUUCUUUUUGUGUAAU